UCAACACAAUCAUAUGACGAACAUCAACAAAUUAUCAGUUUAUUUGCUAUUUUAUCAGUUUCUAAGCAGUUGAACCGUGAGUUUCGAGCUCGUGGGUUGUGCUCAAAUGUUUUGACAACAGGAGAAAUCUUUUAAAAUGAAUAAUAUAUCAUUUGUACUCGGCACCAAAAGUCCAGUAAUUUCUGUUAUAUCUCGGAAUUUUUCUGUUUCUGCAGUUAACAACAAGUCACACUCAUGCAAGUUGCUAGUGGUAGGAGGGGGCUCCGGAGGUUGUACGAUAGCUAGUAAGUUUGUGAGGAAAGCUGAGACUGCCAAAAGUGUCAUAAUAUUGGAACCUAGUGAGUCACAUUACUACCAACCGCUAUGGACACUAGUGGGUGCGGGUGUGAAGCGUUUGGCGGACACACGGCGGGAAGCGAGGAGUGUGCUUCCUUCAGACGCAGUGUGGCUGAAAGACUCCGCCGCCUCUAUAAACCCUCGCGAAGGCAAGGUCACUACAGAGGGCGGUGACGUCAUCAACUAUGAGUACCUCGUCAUCGCUGUCGGCUUGAAAAAUGAUCAUAAGAAGAUCCCCGGAUUACUAGAAGCAUUGGAGAACAAAAGCAGUGGCGUGUCGACGAUAUACGACCCGAAGUACUGCGAGAAGACGUUCGCGGACCUGCAGGCGUUCCAGGGCGGUGACGUCAUCUUCACUUACCCCAACUGCCCCAUCAAGUGCCCCGGGGCGCCGCAGAAGAUCGCUUACCUGACCGAUUCUUACUUUACUAAGAGAAACAUCCGUUCAAAAGCGAAGAUAACGUACAACACGUGUCUGCCCGUGAUCUUCGGCGUGAAGAAGUAUGCUGACAGCCUGCUGAAGGUGGUGGAGAGGAAGAACAUCGCGGUCAACUACCAAACGGUGCUGACAGAGGUCGACCCCGAGUGUAAAGAGGCUGUGUUUACUACAGGACAAGGUCCGGAAUGCAAGAAAGUAACAAUGCGGUACGACGUGCUUCACGUGACCCCGCCCAUGUCGACGCCCACGUUCCUCGCCCAGGCGCGCGACCUCACCGACGCCCAGGGCUUUCUCGACGUGGACAAACACACGCUGCAACACGUCAAGUACCCCAAUAUAUACGGCAUCGGCGACUGUACCAGCACGCCGAAUAGUAAGACUGCUGCUGCUAUUGCGAAACAGUCGUACGUGCUGGAGAAGAACCUUCUCCAAACGAUGAGGAGCCAGAAGCCGACACACUCGUACGACGGGUACGGCGCGUGUCCGCUGGUGACUUCAUACAACACCUGCAUACUCGCCGAGUUUAUAUACGGGGGCGUCGUGCAUGAGACCUUCCCCUUCAACCAGGCGAAAGAGAGGGUAAUCGCUUACUACAUGAAGAGGGAUCUGUUCCCAUUCAUCUAUUGGAACUUCAUGCUCAAAGGAUGGUACAACGGUCCCGAGUUCUCCCCCUGUAGGUACUAUAAAUACAGCCUCUGUGGUGCAGUGGUUGAGCGUUGGGCUUACGAACGGAAGUCCGGCGUUCGAAUCUCGGCGGGUACUUACCUUUGCAGGCUGAUCACCCGAUACUCCGAAAAUAAGAUUAUCCGCGCUUCAGAGGGCACGUUAAGCAGUCGGUCCUGGUUACUGUUUAUUUAUAUAAAGGUAGGUUCAAUGGGUGCUGUCGUCCGACCGCUGCGUUACUGCUGCAAUGCCGCAAGACUUUAUUCUACUAAUCUGCCUACUUCCUCGUGUGUGCAUCGGUGUAAGCUGCUUGUGGUCGGCGCAGGCACGGGUGGCUGCAGCAUCGCAUGGCGGUUCGCGAACAAGCUCAAGGAAAAUGACAUCAUAAUCUUAGAGCCUUCAGAGUUCCACUACUACCAACCCCUCUUUACGCUGAUAGCGGCGGGUAUAAAGAAACCGGAGGAAGCGCGGAGGCCGCUUAAAUCAGUACUCCCGCCCAAAGUGUGCUGGAUCCGAGACCAUGCGCAGGAGUUUGAUCCGGACCACUGUGUUGUGCGCCUGCGAAGCGGCGACACCAUCAACUACCAGUUCAUGGUCGUCGCUCUCGGAUUAAUCAACGAGUAUGAAAAGAUCCCAGGCCUCCGCCCCGCCCUAGACGACCCAUUCAGCGGCGUAUCGACGAUCUACUCGCCCUGCUACUGCUACAAGACGUGGUGCUGCGUGCAGGCGCACCAGGGGGGGCAUGCUGUCUUCUCUUUCCCGCAGAAGGGGGGCAAGUGCGCCGGCGCAGCCCAGAAGAUCAUGUACCUCGCUGAUGACUAUUGGAGGAAAAAAAAACUCCGGAACUACUCGAGCAUAUCAUACAACACUGGUGCGGAGGCGUUGUUCGGGGUGACCAAAUACGCAGCGGCACUCGGACAAGUGGCGCGCGCUCGCUGCAUCGUCACCAACCUAAACACCGAGCUGGUGGAGAUACAGCCUUGCGCGGCUAUCUUCAUGGUGCACGGGCAGAAAAUCAAACUCCCGUACACCCUACUCCACGUGACGCCUCCAAUGCGUACCCCGGACUGCCUGCACUGCUCGACCCUGGCCACGGAGACAGGCCACUUGGAUGUGGACCGGCAUACCUUGCAGCAUAUCCGGUACAGCAACAUCUACGGGCUAGGAGACUGUACUAGUACUCCUAAUAGCAAGACUGCUGCUGCUGUUGCUCCACAAAGCCACGUGGUGGAGCAAAACCUAUGGAGCACCAUGUCGGGGAAGACUCCGCAAGCCAAGUACGACGGCUACGGGUCGUGUCCUAUGCUGACGUCAUACCGGCGCGGGAUACUGGCUGAAUUCUUGUAUGACAAGGAAGUCUGCGAGACCUUCCCCUUCGAUCAGAGCCAAGAGCGACGUCUUUUUUAUCACAUGAAGACUAACUACUUCCCAUAUCUUUAUUGGAACAAACUUAUAAAAGGCAAGUGGAACGGACCUCAGAGGAUUCGCAAAUUUAUAAACCCACUGGGCAGAUAAAACAAUUUCAAAUCAAUAAAAAAAUACUUUAUUUAAAUGUAAAUCUAGGCCUAGUUAAAACAAAAAAUUAAAUAAUACAAUAUUAAUUUAAAUUAUAUACACUUUGGCCUUCGUAUGAACGUAAUAAAGUAUAUUUGGCAUUUAUAAUAAA